AUCAGAAGCUCGGAAUUGUCAGUUCGCACUAUUUUUGUUCCAAAUAUUUCUCACAGAGUGCAGUGUGUCGUCAAACUUACCGUUUGUUUUUCUAAAUUUUUAACAAUACCCUCAUUACAGAAUUAGUAUUUGAGGUCAAAUGAUAAUGUAAUGAGUGAAAUUUUUAUUUUUGGUAAUAAAUUAUUUGCACAGAGGAAAUUCGAUCCGAUUUUGUUAUUACCGUUAGAGAUGGCUUGGAAGAUAUUUUCGUACUUAGACGAGCCCUCUCUUCGCAAAGCGAGUAAAGUUUCUAGGCUAUGGAAAGGCGUUAUACUAUCCAAGAAAUCGUUGAGGAGCCGACUCAAUAUGUUUGAAGUUUCGAUUGUGUAUGGGUCAAAAAGGAUUGCCAGAUAUUAUAAAAAACAAAGAAGAAUCUUUAAUAAAAUGCAAAAUUAUAUGCCGGCGAAUGAAUGUUUAGAGAAAUCCCAAGAACGCACAGAUACAAGGCGCAAACGAGGCGGCGACGCGAUAACUGUGUACACGAAGCGGUUCAAACUAUUUUAAAUUCAAUUUUUUUUUUAAAUAUACUAGGUUACUGUUCGGCUAGACAGGCUGUAGACUAGAUACAUAUCAACUACAUGCUUGUAGCAGUAUUUAUGUAGGUAAAUGUUGCCACUACUUCAUAAUAGCAAUAGUAUUAUCUACUAGCAAUUAUAUUCUUGUAUUACACAGAUAAUGUCAAUCUAAUCUGCUACGACUGAAUUCAUCAAGCUUUUUAA